UUGAGAAAUGUUUAGAGGUUCCUCGGACACCCAAUCGUACUCGUAUUUAGUGUCUACUUGCCUUGUAUUAACCGCUGAGCUUUAACUAGGGCCACAGCCCGAGCCACUUGUACUUAUCUGUCUAUCUGUUUGUAAGUGUCCAAUUGUAUCUAGUAUUUAUUACACCUAAAUGUCUAAUCUCAUUGCGAGAGCAUUAAGCGUAAUCAGUAUUCAAUGUUCAAUCGCAGCUCAAACGACGGCGUAGUGAUUAAAUAACCAUACCGAAUUUCUUCUCUGCGGAAAUCCCCUUGAAUCAGUCGUCUGUCAGCCUUUUUCUCGUGAGCAAUGACUUCCUAUACCGCCUUUCUUUCGGCUCUUCUGGCGCUGAUCUGUGUCAGCCAUGUGGCCGUGGGAUUGAGCAUAACCGUGCCGGGAACCAAGUGGUGUGGGCCCGGAAACAUAGCCACCAGCUAUGACGACCUCGGCACCGAGCGGGAGGUGGACAUGUGCUGUCGGGCGCACGACAACUGCGAGGAGAAGAUUCCGGCGCAAGAGGAAGCCUUUGGCCUGAAGAACGAGGGCAUUUUUCCCAUAUUCUCCUGCACCUGCGAGGCCGCCUUCCGAAGCUGCCUCACCGCCCUGCGCAACGGUCACUCCCUGGCGCUCGGCAGGAUCUACUUCAGCACCAAGGACGUGUGCUUUGGCUACGGACACCCCAUCGUUUCCUGCCGGGAGAAGCAGACCGACUUCUUCGAGACCCGCUGUCUCAGCUACCGAGUGGACGAAGGUCAGUCGCAGCGCUGGCAGUUCUACGAUUUGGCACUCUACACACAUGUCAGCGGCAGUGAGGAGGACUCCUGAGAUUGAACUCCGACCUCGGGCGAUAAGGCUAUGAUUGUUUACAAACAGAAGCGAC